CGCAGCACUCGGAUCAGUAUUAGUACCUAUUCUCCUACCCAUCUCCUUCCACUCCUGGGACAUCCGAUACGUGACCGGUGGUUCGAGUCCACCGCUUAGCCUUCCUCUACCGACUUGUCAAUCCCAACCUCAACCACCCUUCAUAUAUCAUCCAUCGCCUCCCUCUCAGCCAUCACAAUGUCCACGAACAGACCAUUCCUGGCCAAUUUCCUUGCGGCCUUCCGGGCACAGUCUACAUACAAAGCCUCCACCGCCGGCACUCAAUCCACAUCAGCCUCGAUAUCCUCUGCCCAGAUCUCCCAGAGUGCUGCUCGAGCAAUCGCCACGAAAGCCAGCAACAACUCGGAAGCGUCCUCGGCAUCAUCCUCCACAGCACACCAUUAUCAUCAUCACUCGACCUCCUCAUCUUCACACUCUCGCCCGCACUCCCACCACCGCGGCCCCCUGGCCCAGGGCCAAGGCCAGGAGCAGUCCAGCCCCGCAUCCCCGCCCCCGUCAUCAGCCACGACUCCACCCCAAGCCGCCGCCGGCGCAUCGUCUCCCCCACCGACUCCUGCCGCCUCGAACCCUAUCCCCAUCACCAAUAGUCAUGGCCGUCAACGGCGCGGCAGUGACAGCUCCAGCGGCUCGGGCGGGUUCCGCGACGCCCUCGGUCCCGAGAAAUGGUACAUCGGCGGCCGGACGCCCGGCGGCGAAGAGAGGUUCUAUCGAUUAGGCAUGGUCACCAAGGGAGGGGGUCGCCUUGGAGGAAGCGGCCGGGUGGGGAGUAUCGAUCAGCUAAGUCUCUGAUCACUAUCGAGGCCGGCCCGAUUUGGGAUCCUCCCACUCACAAGCUCCUCUUGUCUCUGCUUUCUUUUCGGUGACUGGCCUUUUGGGCCACCGGGACUCGCUUGAUGCGAACUAUAUUCC